GAGACAGACAGAGAGAGUCACAGACUAACGGAAGUAACAAACCAACAAAAACGCUCUUCGCAUCGUACCCUUUUUUUUUUUUUUCUAAUUUAUUAAAACCAAAAUCUUCAAUCAUAGAUUCUCCAGUAAGAUUCGCGGCUUAGCUAAUUGAGUAAUAAUUACACCGCCCUCUUAUAUUUUAUUUUAAUUUUAUUUAUAAAAAAAAGUAUUAAAUGAAAAUUUCGCAUUGGAAGGGGAGAUUCUCUCUUUCUUGCGCAAUCUUCCUCUUCACAUCUUUCUCUCCUCGAUAAUCCGCUGCUGCCAAGCUUAAUUAUUUAACGGCUGUGAUUAUAUCUUCUUCGCCUUCAUCUGGUAGCUAGCUAAUCUUAGUUUACUUGUUCGAGAAUUAUAUGUUAAUGGCGGAACUCAAAGAGCGUCUGCUUCCUCCAAAACCUCAAUCAGCUGUAAACCUUAGAGAUGCUUCUUAUCGGGCAUCUGCUUCUGGACGUCAACCUUUCCAAGGAAUGGAUUUAUUGGGGUUAAAGAAGCGGGGUCAAGGACUUCGAUCUUGGAUCCGUGUUGACACAUCUGGGAAUUCCCAGAUUAUUGAGGUUGACAAGUUCACUAUGAUGCGUCGUUGUGAUCUACCAGCCCGGGAUCUACGGCUUCUUGAUCCUUUGUUUGUUUACCCCUCAACAAUCCUUGGUAGAGAGAAGGCUAUUGUUGUAAAUUUAGAGCAGAUACGGUGUAUUAUCACUGCUGAUGAGGUUCUACUCUUGAAUUCCCUUGAUAGCUAUGUUUUGCAGUAUGUUGUGGAGCUACAAAGGCGACUAACAAGUGGAGUAGGUGAGGUUUGGCAAUCAGAGGGUCCUGAGUUGAACCGAAGAAGAAGCAGUAGGAGUUUUGACAAUUCAUUUGGGAGCACAUCCCCCGAUUAUUUGCCCUUUGAGUUUAGGGCUCUUGAAGUUGCUUUGGAAGCUGCCUGUACAUUCCUUGAUUCACAGGCAGCAGAAUUAGAAAUUGAAGCAUAUCCACUAUUGGAUGAGCUUACAUCAAAGAUCAGCACGUUAAACUUGGAGCGUGUUCGCCGAUUAAAGAGCAGACUUGUUGCAUUGACUCGAAGAGUUCAGAAGGUUAGAGAUGAGAUAGAGCAGCUAAUGGAUGAUGAUGGAGAUAUGGCUGAAAUGUAUCUUACUGAGAAGAAGAGUAGGAUGGAGUCAUCAUUUUAUGGUGAUCAAUCUUUGAUGGGAUUCAGAUCAAUUGAUGGACUCUCUAUUUCUGCUCCAGUUUCUCCUGUUUCUUCACCUCCCGAAACCCGCAGGCUGGAGAAAAGCUUGAGCAUUGCAAGGAGCCGCCAUGAGAGCAUGAGGAGUUCAGAGAGCACUACAGAGAGUAUAGAAGAGCUGGAGAUGUUACUGGAAGCAUACUUUGUUGUCAUUGAUAGCACCCUAAAUAAGUUGACAUCGUUGAAGGAAUACAUUGAUGACACAGAGGAUUUCAUUAACAUUCAGCUGGAUAAUGUUAGAAACCAGCUGAUCCAAUUUGAACUGCUACUCACAACGGCGACGUUUGUGGUUGCGAUAUUUGGGGUGGUAGCAGGAAUAUUUGGCAUGAACUUUGCAAUACCAAUGUUUGAUGACCCAGGUGCGUUUAAGUGGGUGCUCAUAGUUACUGGGAUAUGCGGGAUCAUCAUAUUUUGUGCAUUUGUGUGGUUCUUCAAGUACCGACGACUUAUGCCCCUAUAAAGGAAAUAAAAGACGCAGUUUUCCCAUCAUUGUUGUUAUCAAUCAUGUACCCUGUACAUGGAUGAAAGAAGAUGGCUCUCUAUUUUUAGAGCCAAUUCUUUAAUUGGAGUCGCCCAUGUUGAACUUGAAAUAGGAAAUGGGGGAAUGACACUUGCAAGAGAUAAUCCCCCAACAGGUGUUAACGAUUAUCAAGUGCAAAUAUGCAAUUUUAUUGAA